UUGCAGGGACAGCUGACCUUCAGGGAUGUGGCCAUAGAAUUCUCUGAGGAGGAGUGGGGAUGCCUGACCCACACUCAGUGGCAACUGUACAGGGAUGUGAUGUUAGAGAAUUACGGACACCUUGUCUUCUUGGGCCUCAUUAUAUCCAAGCCAGACUUUGUCUCCUUUUUAGAACAAAAGCAGCAGCUCUGGGAUGUGAUAAGAAAGGAGAUAGUAGUCAUCCAUCCAGGUAGGUGGGAAUGA